GCUAGGGCUCGUCCCUUGCAGAGGCUCCUUCUGAGGCUUCAAGGAGUUCGGAUCCCUUAGGAUUGUGCACUCUCUCCCGGAGCCUGGAUAAUGCCUCAUAGUCUCCGUCCAUCUCGUAGGUACAGUAUACAAGUAGCUUCCGGUAGAUGGACCCUGGAACCAUGGAACCGAUCGUGCCCAACAACACCCAACAAGCCAGAGCUGCUGGUGCCGAUUCCGUCUCAUCCCACUCCGUCGCUACUUCGUGCUCUGGGAAACACUCUGAGAAGUACUCUAGGAAGCACAAGACCAUCGGGAAGUCAAGAAAAUGCGACCAUUCCAAUCCACCGUAAGAUCAAGCACGAUCCGCCCGCCUCCGAAACCUCGACCUGUUGCCAUGUGGUUCCGGGUUCAAGCACGAUGCUCAUUUCUUUUCGUCCGCUGGAUUUGCUGCCUCCGAUCCACCUUUCUUCUGGUGUAAGCACUAACCCUGGCACUACGCCUUUUUUUUCUCUCUCUCAGGUCCCCACUCAGCUGAACUUUUUUUUUUUUCUUUCCUUACGUUCUUUCGUUUUCUUUCUGGUUCGUGUUAGUCUGUUAGACUCUGGAGAUGGAACGCUUCGAACUGUAAAAAAAAAUUGCGCGGUACGCGCCACUUCCGUGUUUCAAACCUCCAACUUAUGAAUCGAUUAGUCAUUAAUGAAAGCUGGCAUAAAGUCCGAAUAUGACUCCAGAAACCGUACUAUAUACAUGUGCAGUCCAGUCCAGAUCACCCUAAAAAACAACACCAACA